AUGGCGCCGACAACCGGCUCUCAAAAACCCACGGCAAUCGUCUGCGUUGGCAUGGCAGGGUCCGGGAAAACAACAUUCAUGCAACGCAUCAAUGCACACCUGCAUGGGAACCAGGAACCUCCAUACGUUAUCAACCUCGAUCCUGCAGUUCUACAUGUGCCGUUCGACAGCAACAUCGACAUUCGGGACAGUGUUAACUACAAGGAAGUCAUGAAGCAGUAUAACUUGGGUCCAAACGGAGGCAUUUUGACUGCAUUGAAUCUUUUCUCCACAAAGGUCGAUCAAAUUUUGAAUCUUCUAGAGAAGCGGACCUUACCGGAACCGGAACAGCCAGAUAAAAGACCAGUGAAGCACGUCCUAGUCGAUACACCUGGUCAAAUCGAAGCAUUUGUCUGGUCCGCAUCCGGGACUAUUCUCCUGGAAUCUCUCGCCUCGUCAUUCCCAACCAUCAUUGCCUAUGUGAUCGAUACACCUCGGACUGCAAGCACCAGCACAUUCAUGAGCAAUAUGCUAUACGCCUGCAGUAUUCUUUACAAGACAAAGCUUCCCAUGGUCCUCGUUUUCAAUAAGACGGAUAUCAAAGACGCAAGUUUUGCGAAGGAGUGGAUGACAGAUUUCGAUGCGUUCCAGGCAGCGUUACGCGAAGAUGAGGCAAAAAAUGCUUUUGGCGGCGCUGAGGGGGGAGAGAGCAUCGGAGGCAGUGGGUAUAUGGGCAGCUUACUCAACAGCAUGAGUAUGAUGUUAGAGGAAUUUUACGCGCAUCUUAGUGUCGUUGGUGUCAGCUCCAUGACUGGGCAAGGUGUCGACCACUUCUUCGCCGCUGUUGAGACAAAAGCCGAGGAAUUCAUUCGCGAUUAUCAGCCAGAGCUGGAAAAACGAAGGCAGGACAGAGAAGAUGAGAAAAAAGCGACCAGGCAGCGUGAGCUGGACAAAAUGAUGAAAGGGCUCAAAGUCGACCCCGGAAGCAACAUUUCAAGUAACGACCGCGAGCUUGGUAUAAAGGGGGUUGGGGAUGGGGAGGAUAUUACCGGAGGCCUAGAUGGUCAAAGUGAGGGAGGUGAGGAUGAUGACAGCGACGCCGAUAUCGACGAUGACGAUGCUGUUGAUCCAGACGACGAAUACGAUCGUGAAGGUUUGCAAUCGCGAUAUGAAGCCGCUCUAUUGGACCAGGACCGUGUGGCAGAUGCCGCCAGCUUCGCCAAAUACUUACAUACCCAGAGAUAA